AUUGUCCUCACGGUGAGACGAGCUUUGUGCCAGAUGUUCCUCAGGAGUUGGUGAAGACACUGCGUGCUCCUCCUCCUGCCCUCUGCCUGUUGUAAAUAUUCUGGAACAGAGACAGCAGCUGAGCUGUCCACAUUCUGGAGGCUCCUCAGCCCAAACGAUCAGGAUGUUCUGUGUCCUCAAACUAUUAAGAGGCUGCAACAGGAUCUGAGACAUGCAGGCAAGUUCCCAGAAGUCAGCUGCCACUGGACUGGGAGUUCCAGAGAAGUUAGACUGGGUGGUUUAACCAGCAGGUUAAGUGCUGCAGUCACCUCUGGCUCCAGUGUUUCUUCCACCAACCACACUGUGUAUGGAUGGUGCUGUGCGGGUGUGUGUUGUUGUUGAGGAAUGCAGCAGCACAGACAGCCAGACAUACUCCUGUCGGUCGCUAAGCUCCACACAGUAUUUAAGGCGAGAUGGUUUGGCACGGCACGGCAGUCAGUGGCUCUCCGUCGUUAAGUCCUCUGACAGGGUGAGACCUGGAGUGAGAGUUCCUGACUGACCUGUGCUAUGAUGUCCCAGAAGGCCGGAGGUGUCAAGCCAACUUCCCCAUCUGGGCGGCGGAAGUCUCGCUUCACCUUAUGUGGCAGAAAGAAAAAAGACAGGGUGAUCCGAGGCAAGCUUCGAAUCCGUUCCCUGCCUGGAGCCUUCCUGGUGCUGGGGGUCAUUGUAGUGGUUGUCGGAACUGCCCUGGCUGUGGCGGGUUACUGGCCCUACAGGAUAUCAAGAUCAUCCAUCCUGGGAGCAACAGAUGGUGAAAGCAUCUCUAAGUCACAGACUUCAGGAUGGAGUCUGGGAGCUAAGGGUCUCAUGUCCACAGCCAGCCUCAUCCACAAUGAACGGAUGAAGCUGUUGGGGCCUGUCAUCAUGGGGGUUGGACUCUUCAUCCUCAUAUGUGCCAACACGGUCCUGUAUGAGAACAGGGACAGAGAGACUAAGAUUCUGCUGGCCCAGAUGCGGAGUGUUAUCUGCUCUGUGUCUGCAGCUGUGCCCUCAGCCGACCUUCAAGAAAUAGCAGCAGCCAACUCAAUGGCAAAACAUUACCAGUGGGUGAGCAGUUUGCCAGCUGCCCAUCUCAACAUCCUCUGUCUGCAGCAGCUGGCCAGCUCUGAGCCCCUGCUCCAGACCAGACAUCCCAGAGAACUUGAGGACAGCGUGGAGGGCAUCUACCAGCAAGCUGUUCUCCAGACAGAAGCCCUCCACCACCAGGAAUCAGAGCUGCCGCCUUCCCUCCAUUCCUCCCACUCCAACUCAUAUAAUUCCAGUCAGACACACUUAAACAUACAGUCUAGUGCUGAGCAGAGAGGCAACUUCAAUUUACCGGCUUCCCCACUUGUCAAGCUCAGCAACUGCCUGGUGUCUGCCAGUUCCAUGUCCACCCUGGGUGUGGACGAGGUGGAUAUUCCAGCUGCCCAGCCGAGGCGUUGCCAUAGUAUGAGCUACAGGACUAACCCUCACAUAGCCCAAGCUGGUGUGCGCGUCCAGGAAGGUCUCCACACACCCAGAGAGGAGGGUCAAUUAAACCAGCCUGUAGCCUUGAUGAGAGAGGCUGGUUCACAGGUUUGUGUGAACAUCCUGGGACAUGUUGUUGAUGCUGUGGAAGAGCAGACUCACCAAAGCUGGCCUCGGUUAGACCUGGGUAUUGGCAGGCGAUACCUGAAGCUAGAGAACAAAGAGCACUCAGUAGACAAGCUGCUGGACCAGUUAGAGCAGCAGUGUUCACAGUGGGAUAGUAGCUUUGGCUCUGGACCUUUUCAGUGAUGGAGUAAUCAUAUUUUACCCUGGAUUAAGACAUUGCACCAUUUGUUUUUAAAUCCUGCGUGAGGCAGAGAGAAACUGAGCCCUUGACCGUUUGGAGUAUCUCCCACAAGGAUUAUCCAAAAAAUGAGCAUGUUCUCAUUCUUCCGUGGAACACAGAGUAUGUUUUUUGUUUGGCUGAAUGUGGCAGAUGUUUGUAGAAUUGAAGGACAUGAACAAUAUACAGAUCCUACAGGCUGUAAAGACGUUUUACUUCAGUUUGGGUAACCAGCAAAGCAAUAAAAUGAACUUGUAUAUUAAUGCUGAAAUGUGUUUGCCUGUUUGAAGGACACAAUGUGCACAACCAAAUGAAGAAGAGAUAUAAGGAUGUCAGUUAAUGGAGGAUUGUUUUCUCUGUGCAAUCAUUUUUUAACCAAACUACCUGGACCCCUGAGCCCAUAAAGGACUGACAGCUCUUAACAAAUAUGACUAGUAUUUGAAAAAGGGACCUUUCCUCAGCUGAGGUCCCAUACUCCAAAUGAAAUACAUGGCAGCGAUGUACAGUAGGUUACAUCUUAAUAAUUAUGCAGAAUAAUGUCAUUGUUGGUUUUUAUGUCUAUAAGAAGUAAUGAUCAUGGUUUAUGAAUGUUUGGGUCUAAUUGUCUUAUGUCUGGCUGUUAUUUAUACAGAAUCAGGUGAGAUAACAUCGAAGUCAACAGAGCUGCUCUGAGACAUGCAAUGAUCUCUGGAGAACCUCCUUACAUCUCUGAACAGGCUCUUUGUGUGAAUGCAAAUAUCAGAGUGAGAGCCUGCAGACUUUCUCCUUCCAGUCUCCUCGUAAAAGACAGUAGAAUGUCUGAAGCAGCCAAUAUGAGAACAUAGCAGGAGAUCCGCUGUGGUAUUUUUCAAGCGAGUGGGCGUGUUGAUAUUGCCAACACGCGACAGACACAAAAGGAAAAAACUAAAGUAAAACAAAUAUCUCCUGAUAAAAAAGCGUUGCCAUACACGUAGAAGACACAGAGGAAGAUGUUGAGAGCUUUUGGUGAUUAAGGUGUUGACCAAAACAUGUUAUCUCUGCAGUGUAAUUCUUAUGUUACAUCCUGUCUUUGCCUGCUGCAACACCCCUCACCUGAACACUCUGAAGAUUUCUGUGUUGUUGUGAAUGCGAGAAUCUCCUGCUGUGAAUGAGAUUGUCUGGACCCACUUUUGCAGGCUUCUCCAGAUGACAUGUCUGAAACCGGCUCAAGUGAAUUGCUGAUGCCCGGGAACAUGAUUACAUUGUCUCUCUUAACUGUGAUGAAUGUUUUCAUGGACUCUUUGGUUGAUAAUAAUGCAUUCUUCUUAUGGGCAACUUGUCAUUGCCAUAGGCCCUGGCAUUAUUUUAGGUGCAUAUCUGUCAUUCAUGUAAUAACAGUUCAAUUGUUUUGUCUAUGGUUGUUUAAAAUAAAUCCACUAUCACAGUAAGGGUAUACAGUUUGUACCAGAACUGUAUAAACAACAUGUUGACUGCAUUGUUUGCAGUGGCUUUAAAGAAAGUCUGAUUAAAGAUGUAAUGAUCAGAGGAGUGUUUCCUCUGUCAGGUAACAACAUUGUCCCGUUCUGUUUCAGCAGAAAUUGAAACCAUCUUCGUGUGGCGGCUUAGACUGACAGGAUUUGUUAAAUUAAAUCAAGACAGAUUACGAAAAGAUAUCCAGGGUAUGUUGAGCUCGCUUCGUAGUACAGGUCUCAGGUGUGGCCAUCAAAUUUAUUUGGUAGCACAGACAGAUUACUGCAACAAAAAACAGUGUUACCCAAUUAGUUAACUGAACUGUCUUAUCUUAUGACUUCUUUUCAGUGACAUCCCAGAGCUCAGAUACUGAUAAAGUUUAACAUUACAGUGUUAUAAUUGCUAUAAGGAAGCAUGUUUAAAACAUGAAAGAAGUCAAAGCAGAUACAAUAAUGACAGCGAAUUUCUCUUUGUUGUCCUCCUGGUUGUAUCCAAUAUUAGUUUGUAAUGAAGACAGGGACAUGUCCCCUGUGUCUUCUUCAGCACUUCUUCUUUCACAAUGCACUCACCAUUUAUGAGGAUGCCAUGCUCAAACACAUCAAUCCCCACCCCCACGCUCCCCAACCUUUGAUCGAAUGGAUUGUGCAGACGAGGCUUGCCUGCAGAUCAGUUUUCUUGCAUACAGCUGAGUGUGUGCUAAAGACUCUGUUUAGCCCUGGUAUUAGAAUGUGUUUCCACAUGUCUCCAGUGACACUUGCCUGUUCGAUAUGCAAAUACAUACAAUUAAGCAAAGACCAAAUAUAUUAAAAUAUGAUUUUAACAUGUUGGAAGUAGCAAUGCACUUUCUGUGCCGAGUGUGCGUGAAAUUGAAAAGAAGAAGAGAUCAAGAUAGUAUAGACAAGUGGCCCAAGAUGUUUGACACACUUGUUAUACAUACUUUUGGGCUUCUUUUUUAUUCAGACAUCAAAGCCAGCAUCUCUGUUUUCGUACCUCUGCAUACACAGUGGAAAGACACCAGCUGAAGAGAUGGCCUGUUAAUAUGGUCGAGAACACCUUCAUGUUCACACUGCUAAAAGAAUAAAGCCACGUGUCUCAGACCAUCUUGGUUGUGUUAACUGCUGCACUUAGAGCUGUCCUCUUGUAAUUGAAUCACCCAAUAUGCAUGUUAACGCUCUGUCUGAACAGCGGCAUAAAGGAAUGAGUAUGAAAAUCAGAGUCUCAUGCCCCCUACUCCUUUGCCCCGUUCCCUUUAUACACUAUGCUAAUGUAGAGAGGUGACUCCUCCUUGUUUGAAUCAACAGUCUUUCUCUGGUUUUCUUUCUCUAUGUGCUGCCUGUUCUGUAUGCCAUGUGUGACACUUUGUGUUCUAAAUGUAUACCAAGCAAUAUGAUCUGUCUAAGAGAACAACCAAUGGCUGUGUCUGGCCCUGUGUCUACCAUGAAAUUAAAACAAGUUGCCAUGCCUUUGUUGCAAAUAUGAAGUAAAGCA